AUGCGUUUCUUGCCCCUCCAGGUUUUCUGUGCAGUCACCUCGACAGUGGCUGCAAACAGUCGCUUCUACAUGCCUGAUGAAGGGAAUCCCCACGAGGCAACUCUUAUGGCCUGGCCAGGGAACAACAACCCAAACUACGAAGACCCCGGAAGUCUCCAGCGCAUGAAGGCCGAGCUGGUCGACAUAGCAAAGGCCAUCUCUGACUUUGAGCCGGUGACUAUGAUAGUCAGCUCUGACCAGGUGUCCGACGCCGAACGGGAGCUUGCAUGCUGUGGAGAGUACGGCGUCGACAUCAAACCCACCACCGCAGACGAUCUGGAGCCCUGGAUGCGAGACAUCGCACCGACAUUCGUGCUUAGCAAAGGGUCCCAUCGUGACCUCUACGGGGCAGACUUCAACUUCAAUGGCUGGGGAGGGCGAUAUCCGUCGUCCAGCAAUACUGAUUUGGCGCGCUAUCUUCUUGAUGACUGGUAUAUCCCUCGACUACAGUCCUCAAUUGUUCUGGAGGGCGGAGCUCUGGAUGUCGACGGUGAAGGUACCAUGUUAGCAACAGAAAGCUCCAUCUUGAACCCAAACCGCAACAAGAACGCGACCCGAGAGACUAUCGAGCGGGAACUGCACCGGAUCUUGGGCGUUACAAAAGUGAUCUGGGUUCCCGGUGUCAAAGACAAGGACGUGACUGAUGCUCACAUCGAUGCCCUCGCCCGCUUCUCCAGCCCUGGCAAGGUCGUGCUGAGUCGUCCGAGUCCGGGGGAUCCGGUGUGGACAAAGGUCUACAACGACACCAGCAACAUUCUAUCCCAGGCUACUGAUGCCAAGGGGCGAGCCCUGGAGAUUGUGGAACUGCCUGAUGCGGAUGCCAACGAUAUCGACAGAUCGGAGCCAGACAUGGUAGUGAGCUACAUCAACUACCUCCUUGUCAAUGGCGCUGUCAUUGCCCCACGCUUUGGAAGCCAUAAAUCCGAUGCAGAGGCUAAACAGAUCCUUCAGAGAGUCUUUCCUGAACGGAAGAUUGUCCAGGUCCCCCUGAAUGAGAUCGCAGUCAACGGUGGUGGCAUCCACUGCAUGACGCAGCAGAUACCGGCAUUGGAGAAAUAA